AUGGGGUCCCUUAGUACAACAGAGUCGUUACCGGCCCAUAUACCGUUCCAUACGCUUGAUAUUUUCAGACUGAAUUCCAGGACAAUCAUAGUGACGGGCGCCAUUGGCGGGCUCGGCGUGCAAGCAGUGACAGCAAUCCUGGAAUCAGGCGGAGAUGUAAUUUGCAUCGAUCGGCCGGAAAUACCUCCAGAAACCGAAUGGGGCAGACUGAAAAAUCUUGCCGAAUCGAAUGGGGCUCAGAUCUUAUACUACUCUUGCGAUAUCACAGAUGAGGCUACAGUUGGCCUUCUCUUUGAAGAGGCUGCCGAGCAAGCACGAUUUCCUGUUCGAGGCCUUGUAACCUGCGCAGGAAUUACUCGCGUCGGCCCUUCAAUCAAGUUUCCCCUCGCUGAAGCACGUCGUGUCAUCGACAUCAACUUGGUUGGAACACUGGCAGCUGCUCAGGCAGCUGCGCGCAUCGUUGAAAAGCAAGCGCUGCCCGCUAGUUUCGUCUUUAUCGCAAGUAUGAGUGGUCACAUAAUUAACAAGGGAGCUCCAAAUGCAGCAUACUGUGUCUCAAAGGCUGGUGUCCAUCAACUAGCCAGGAACCUGGCUUAUGAAUGGGGCGGAUCACCCGAACUUCCUUGCAUUCGAGUCAAUUCUAUCAGCCCAGGUUACAUCAAGACCAAAAUGACCCAAUCAUACAUAGAGCAAGCCGACUUGGAAAAGAUCUGGCUUGAAGACAGCAUGCUCAAGAGGUUCUCGGAGCCCGAAGAGUAUCGAGGAACAAUAGUUUAUAUGUUGUCGGAUGCGAGUUCGUACAUGACAGGAUCGGACGUCAGGGUUGAUGGAGGCCACACAGCGUGUUAA